AUGACCCUAGAAGCGGAUGAAGUUCCGUUGUUUGAUGACCACAUCGACGACUUGUUUGCUGCCCAAGAAGUUGAAGGUCAGUACAACAACGAGAAACGCAAAGAUACAGAUUUUUGGGAAGUUACUGUUAUCGAGGACGGCGUGAGAAAAGUUUCUAGGCUGAGCGUGAAGGAGGCUAUAGCACUUCCUUCCAAUACAAAGAUAGUACUCCCAUUUAACAAAGAGCUGCAACUGAUUGGUCAGCGGAUCUUUCACUAUGAGGACGAUGCCGAAGGAAAAAUAAAGCGCGGAAUUAUGAAGAGGAUAGGAAAGAACUGGAAGGAUACAAGGCACAACUUGUAUCAUAAGUGUUACAAAGAAACAAUGACUUAUGAGAAAAAUCUUGAGCAUCACCCGAAAGGAAUAGAAGAAAAUGAAUGGAAACGGUUCCUUAACUAUCGCCAGAAGGAAGAAACAAAGAAAAAGUGUAAACAAAAUGCUUUAAAUCGGAGCAAGCAACUUUACACACAUACUGGGGGUCCCAAAACAUUGGCAAGAAAAAAAGAAAAAGUGGUAAUAAGAGAAAGAGCAAGGAAGGCCCUUUGGUAG